AGUAGUGUGGAACAUAAAAAAACAGAGGAGGAAUGAUGUAUGGAACAGCAUCGGACGAGAGAGCGGUGAAGGUACCAGCAAGCGAAGCAUGGAAGUUGAUUGGCACUCUUCAACUCGCCUAUUUCAUUGAAGAAUCACUUCCUCAUCUCAUCAGCAAAAUCGACGUCGUACAAGGCGACGGCUCCGCUGGAACCAUAAUCCGCGCCACUUUCCCUCCAGGGAGAGAGGACGGAUUGAAGUGGUUCAAGGAGAAGUUCACGGUGGUGGAUGAUGAGAAACGUGUGAAGGUGGCGGAGGUGGUAGAAGGCGGCUACCUCGAUGUAGGGUUCACGAUGUACCGGAUCACGUUGGAGGUGACGGAGGCGGAGGAGGAGGACUGUGUGAUUCGAACUACAUUAGAGUACGAGCUCAAAGAAGAGGCUGCAGCCAAUGCUUUCCUGGCAUCCAUUCAACCACUCGCCGCCAUCAUGCAACUUGCCGCUGAUUCUUUGCAACGGAACUAUAAGCCCAUAGCCAACUGAUUAACCUCUCUUAAUACUAUAUAUCCACUUUCAUGUCGCUUAAUAAUGAGGUCAAUCAACUUCUUCAUCAUCCUUUUUUUCUAUCAACAAUCUCAAUUUUAUU